AACACCACGGUGUUACAAAACAAGGCAGAAGCCUGCUUUUGUAACUAGUAUAAGGCAGCUUCAAACACGGGCUACGUCGCCUCUUGCUCUGAGUUUAUGCUCUCAGAAGUAGCCUAGCUCGUUAUCCGUUGUAUGAUCUGCAUCUGGAGGAGCUCAUUGUCUUCUUUUUCACCAAGGCGACUCUUAAAGCUCAUCGUCGACGGUAAUCGGAGGCCAAGCCAAAGUCUCGUCCCACUGACCGAGGCGUACACCUGUGAACCUACCAUGUCAGGCAAAAAGCGUAAGGCAACCUCUGCUGCUAAAGUGGCUAAAAGUGCCAAGCAGCAGAAGCUGGUUCCUACAAAGGAGGAGAAGCAGCAGAAAGCUGGAGGCUGGCUGCAGGACCUUGUCACGCAGCAGAGGUCAGAGAACAAGGAGAUGAAGUUCAACAAAAAGCGCUGUCGCUUCAUUUCUGACACUGAGAAGAUAAAGCAGGGCUCAGAGGGCGUCCUGUACUGGAUGUUAAGGGAUCAAAGAGUACAAGAUAACUGGGCGCUGAUCUACGCACAGGGGCUUGCUGUGAAAGAAAACCUUCCUCUGCACAUCUGUUACUGCUUAGAUGUCCCAAAGUCAGAGCUGUCCACUCUGAGACAUUACAACUUCAUGCUGAAAGGACUAGAAGAAAUAGCAAAGGAAUGUAAAACCUUAGACGUCCAGUUUCACUUACUCCAUGGCUCAGCAGAGGAAGUUGUGCCUGGCUUUGUUUCUGACCGCAGCCUCGGGGCAGUGGUGACAGACUUCUCUCCGCUCAGAGAGCCACUGCAGUGGUUGGAGGACAUGAAAAAGACGCUUCCAGAGGACAUUCCCCUCAUACAGGUCGACUCCCAUAAUAUCGUUCCCUGCUGGGUAGCGUCGCCGAAACUUGAAUACGCUGCCAGGACCAUCAGAGGAAAAAUCACCAAACUUCUGCCCGAGUUCCUUACCGAGUUUCCUCUGGUGGAGAAACAUCCGCACACUGCAACAAGAACAGCCAAACCAGUAGACUGGGACAAACUUCUGGCCUCGCUGCAGGUCGACAGAACAGUCGGAGAGCCCGAGUGGGCCAAACCUGGCACCAAGGCCGGACUGGCCAUGCUGGAGUCCUUCAUUGACGUGCGCCUUAAGGUGUUUGACAACCUGCGCAACGAUCCGAACGCCAACGCCCUCAGUCAGCUCUCCCCCUGGAUCCGCUUUGGCCACCUGUCUGCGCAGCGAGUGGCUCUGCAAGUUAACCACAGCGGGAAAGGCACCGGCCAUUCUAUCAACUCCUUCAUCGAGGAGCUGGUGGUGCGCCGCGAGCUGACCGACAACUUCUGCUUCUACAACAAGAAAUACGACUCUGUGGAGGGUGCAUAUGAGUGGGCUCAGAAGACCUUGAAAGUCCACGCCAAAGACAAAAGGCCCUAUCUGUACACGCGUGAGCAGCUGGAGAAAGCGAAGACGCAUGACAAACUGUGGAACGCAGCUCAGUACCAGAUGGUCAGUGAAGGGAAGAUGCAUGGUUUCCUGAGGAUGUACUGGGCCAAAAAGAUUUUGGAGUGGACAACUUCACCAGAGGAGGCGCUCUCCACUGCCCUGUACCUUAACGAUCGCUAUGAGCUGGACGGCCAGGACCCUAAUGGCUUUGUUGGCUGCAUGUGGUCCAUCUGUGGCAUCCAUGACCAAGGCUGGGCAGAAAGGGAUGUUUUUGGGAAGAUCCGCUACAUGAACUACAAAGGCUGCACUCGCAAGUUUGACGUCGCCCAGUUUGAGCAGAAGUACUGUCCCAAAAACCUGUGACACUGAAAUCAUUCCAGGAUUUAAUGACUGAUAGGGUGAUAGGGGGUGUUUUUGUUACCAAACACUCAGUAUAUAGUUGUUUUGAGUCAUUAUUGAGGGAUGAUAUCUCUGGACUCAGCAGAAAAGGCUGUUAUUUUGUUUUUUUUUAUGCUACUUUUAUAUUACAGUCUUUAUUACCUUUUUUUUUUAUUGCGUUAUUUUAUAAGGAGGAUGCUUUGUGUGGGAUGACUGUGUUUCAUCAGCAGCUUCCACUUGCUGUUCUCGCUUUUUCCUUUUUUUACAACUGAAAACAAAAGUCAAGUCAUAAAGUUUACUGUUUAUUUACUGCAAUCUUUCUCUCGCUCUCUCUGCUUUGUUUGUAAAACCUGAACUUCAAUGUUAUCUUGCUUUUAAAAGACUUGACCCACGAUGACACAUUGAUUAUAUUGAGUGGCUUCCUACAGACUGAGAUAGUUGAUAGCUGAUUGAUGGGGGUAAAUCUGUUAAUAAUGGAUGCUUGUAUUUGCAGGGACUUGGUUACGUAACGCUUGCAAAUGCAGUUUUACACAGAAACAAUAACCACUGCUCCGCUUUAAUUAACUACAUUUCAUGUUUGUGCACACAAAGUACAAUAUGAAUUUUAUUGUGUCAGGAGGCAGAGAAUAACACAUGCGCUAAUGAGCUGAACUUCGCCCGGUGCAUGAUUAAAGACUUGAAAUUCCA